AAGGAGCACGCCGCCGCGGGGCCGCCCGUCGAUCCCCAGCAGCGGGCACCCCGCGCGGUCCCCAGGCAGGCACUCGGGGGGAAGUUUGGGUGCGUGGGGCCUGGGCGUCCCACGAGGGGCGGCCGGGGGCCAAACUUGGGAACUGCGCCUCGGCGAAAAGUGCCUGGCAGGCGGGAUCGAGGGAAGUCGCCGCCGAGCCGUUUGGCGACCCUGGCUCGUGUUUGAGAGAGGGGCGAUCGCUCGCUCGCUCGCUCGCGGGCUGGACCUGCGCCGCGGAGCCCCCUCACGGGCAUGGCAGGGGACGACGGCUGCCCGUUCGGCACCGCCGGGAGCCUCUGGCAGGACACUUUAACCAUCGCGCUGACGCCCAGCCAGCCGGUCUCGGCGGGGCCCCCGAGCAGCCGGGGAGGUGGCGGCGGCGGCGGCGGCUGCAGCCGGGGCCGCUCGCUCAGCGUGGUCUACCUCUACACGGAGGACCAGGCGGACCCUCUGCCCCUGCAGUGCCUGCGGGAAGCCUGCAGGGAGGUGCCGCGAGCCGAGCUGAAGGUGGUGGCCUUCGUCACCAUGGCGCUCCUGGCAGACACGGGCGCCUUGGACUGCUUCUACAGCGCAGAUGUAGUUGUGGUGGAGCUCACCAAGAGCCUGUGCCAGCCCUCUCUCUUCUAUCACCUGGGCGUGCGCGAGAGCUUCAGCAUGACGAACAACAUUCUCCUCUGCUGUUAUACAGAUCUGCCAGAGAUGCAGGCCCUCCGGGAGGAGAUCUUCCAGAAAAAUCUGGACUGCAAUGGCAGCUACACCUUCAUCCCUUACAUCGUGACGGGUCAGAACAAGGUCUUCUGCUGCGAUGCCAGCACGAUGAUGUGCCUGAGUGAGCUGUAUCAGCCCAACUUCAACGUGGAGACCUUCUUAACCCCGCUGUCUGGGCAGCUUAUCAAACUGCUUGAGGGCACCUCGGCCAACUCCUGUGGCUACUUCCGGGAGAUGAUCCGCAGGGACAUCCGCAGGGCUCGGGAAAGAUACACCGGAGAGCAGCUGAGCUGCGAGCUGACCAGCAUUCUGCAGCGCCUGGACAGCGUGGAGUGCCUCAGCCUUGAUAUUGUCAUGAACUUCAUCCUGUCCUACCGCGAUGCACAGGACUGUGACGCCAUCAUCACCCUGGUGGAGACUCUGCAGGCCCUGCCCACUUGCAGCGUGGCUGAGCAGCACAACAUCUGUUUCCACUAUGCCUUUGCUCUUGACAGGCGGAACCAGCCUGGUGACCGCGAGAAGGCGCUCUCUGUCCUCUUGCCGCUGGUGGAAAGGCCUGCAGGGUCAGCGCCUGACCUCUACUGCAUGUGUGGACGCAUCUACAAGGAUAUGUUCAUUGCUUCUGGCUUCACUGAUGCUGAGAAGAGAGACCAGGCCUUUUAUUGGUACCACAAGGCCUUUUCAACGGAGCCAAGUCUUCACGCUGGGAUUAACUCGGUUGUCUUCCUCAUAGCUGCUGGGCACAAGUUUGAGACGUCCUCACAGCUCCGGCAGAUAGGCAUGAAGCUGAGUUGCCUCCUAGGCCGGAAGGGCUGCUUGCAGAAGAUGCAGUAUUACUGGGAUGUGGGGUUUUACCUGGGUGCAAGCAUCUUGGCUGGAGAGAUGGACAAAAUCAUCCAGGCCUCAGAGAAACUUUACAAGCUCAAUGCUCCUAUUUGGUACCUGGUUUCUAUCAAGGAGACCUACAUCAUAUACAGUCACUUCAAGACUGAGCCAGACACAUGGUCCCCCAAGCAGGAGCUAGUUGACUUCUGGCUGGGGUUCUUGAUGGAGUCCUGCCAACCCUUCAUCUCCACCGAGCAGUGUCUGGUGUUGAUUCUGGAGAUGGGCAGAGUGCUGCAGCCAUCUCACCUGAGUGUCUGCAACCAAGAGGCGAAGAGAUCUGUGACUCUGAGCCACAUUGGCUCCCUGGAGGAGGAAGGAAUUUCCACCUGGACAUUUCCAGAUUCUUCUAUCCGUGGAGUCAGUAUCUCCAAGUGUGAUGAGCGGUGCUGCUUUCUGUAUGUCGUGCACACAGCAGAGGAUUUCCAGCUGUACUUCCCCACGCAGCACCAUUGCCGCUGGUUUUGCGACCUGGCUCACUCUUUCAUGGCACAAGCAGGAGAAGAAGGGAACAGCUGCAGCACUCCAGAGGUGCUGGAGUACCACUACGAAUUCACAGAAGCCGGUGACAAGGUGAUCCUGGGUAAAGGCACCUAUGGGGUGGUUUAUGCCGGCCGAGACCUCAGCAACCAGGUGCGCAUUGCCAUCAAGGAGAUCCCGGAGCGGGACAGCAGGUACUCACAGCCCCUUCAUGAAGAGAUUGCUCUCCACAAGCGUCUGAAGCACAAGAACAUUGUCCGCUAUCUGGGCUCUGUCAGUCAGGAUGGCUUCCUCAAGAUCUUCAUGGAGGAGGUGCCUGGAGGGAGCCUGUCCUCUCUUCUGCGUUCCAUGUGGGGUCCCCUGAAGGACAAUGAGACAACUAUUGUGUUCUACACCAAGCAAAUCCUAGAGGGGCUGUGCUACCUGCAUGACAACCAGAUUGUCCACAGGGACAUCAAGGGAGACAACGUCUUGAUCAACACGUACAGCGGUGUGUUGAAAAUUUCUGACUUUGGCACCUCCAAGCGGUUGGCAGGGAUCAGCCCCAGCACGGAGACAUUCACAGGCACCCUGCAGUACAUGGCACCUGAAAUCAUUGACAGGGGACCCCGUGGCUAUGGCAAGCCAGCUGACAUCUGGUCCCUGGGCUGCACCAUCAUAGAAAUGGCAACAGGCAAGCCCCCCUUCUUCGAGCUGGGCAGCCCACAGGCCGCCAUGUUCAAGGUAGGCAUGUUCAAGAUACAUCCCGAAGUGCCCGAUUCAAUGUCGGACGAAGCCAAGGCCUUCAUCCUCAGUUGUUUUGAAGUGGAUCCGGACAAGCGGGCAACGGCAGCUGCCUUGCUCCAGGAGCCAUUCUUGAAGACAAGGAAAAAAUGCAGGAGCCCUGUAGUGCCAGAUGAAUUGCCAGCUUCGAAUGCACCUGUAAGGUCCAUUUCUGCAGAGAACCUUUUGUCCAGGAAGCGGUCUUCAUCCUUGCAGUUUUUGCAGGUGCAGAAAGAGAACAAUUUUCUGUCCCAAAGCUCCAACGAAAUGACCCUGAAAUCCAACUUCCUAAGAGCUCCCGAGGGACUGACCGGCAUUGACCUCAGUCUGUCCUCUUCCUCCCACGAGGAUGGCGGCUGUUUGUUCCUGCUGAAAAAGGACAGCGAGCGCAGGGUCACUCUGCACAAGGUCAUGACCGAGGAGCUGCCUACCAUUGCGACUGCCAUACACAAUGCCCAGGACCAGAGGCUGCUGCGUUUGGAUCACAUCUCCCAACUGGUGUCCUGCCUCAAGAGCUACAUCCGCUCCCCCAACCGCAAGCAGCUGGCCCGGGACUUGCUUCAGCUGCAGACCAGCUUGCAGACAGACGGGCUCGGACUUAGUCAUGUGCAGGCACCCCUUUUCAUCUUGCAAGACACUGUCAAGCAGGCACUGAGAAAGCACCAAAUCAAGCCGCACUGGGUGUUUGCUCUGGAUAACCUCAUGGGGCAGGCGAUACAGGCAGCAUUUACCAUCCUCUUGAAAGACCUGAAGAUGAAACUGCCCUUCUCACAAGGAGAAAGCAGAGGGCACCUGAACACUCAGGAGGGAGAGGAGACAGUACUUUUGACCCAGGAGGCGCCACAGUCUGUGAGGAGCAUGGACAACAACACCAAAGGCAGUGCCGACACUCCAAGUUCCGGAAUUGGCACUAGCAGCAACAGCAGCUGGCUGGAUUCCCAGAAUCCCCUGAAGGGCUGUUUGCCUCUCUUCGCCCAGCUUCACCACCUGCAGUCAGAGACUAGAAGGCUGCAGUGGGAGCUGAUCAAGAAGGAGCGGGAAUGCCAGAGACUCCUUCAGGAGGCACUGAUGGGCAUGGAACAGGACACCGGGGCUCUCAGAGGAUCAAAGCUGAAUGGUAUCCCUGCAUCUCUGCCUAGUAGUUGGGGGCGAAAGGAAGAGGCUGUAGACCCCCUCCUUGUGGAGUGGCUAGAGAAGCAUGGGGUGGACAAGGACACUAUCACAACGAUCUCGCACCAUGGCUUCACCCUGCCUGUCCUACUGAGCUUGGCUACCCUGGAUGAUCUUCGGUACACCCGUAUCAGAGGGGGAAUGGUGUGCCGCAUCUGGAAAGCCAUCUCGGAGCAUCGGCAAAGCCUCAGCCAACAGUUGCAACCUGGGGCAGAGUGAAAGGGGGACUAAAAAUGCGAGUUCUCGAUCUCUGCUUGGAAGGCACAGAUUCUGGACUAAGCCGGCUGCCUGCUGUGCCGAGUCACCAGAGCAGCAGUCCACAGAUGUGGUCAGCCACGACUGCCCUGGCAAGCAAGUACUGGAUUCCGGCAACAAGGCUUGGGAAGCAUUCUGCAGCUGAGAAAAGCCACAGUCUUCUUGUCGUCUUGUUCCUGCCAAUGGAUUGAGCUGCAGUCAGCAGCUGCGUUUUAAAACCUCUGUUUUUUAUUCUCUCCUACAUCUGCACAGAAGAUUCAGCCUAUUUUUCUCUCAGCAGGCCCAGGGCUAGCCUCAGGGAUGGGUGAGCUAGGCGAUCCCCAGCCUGAACCUGCACAGGUUGCCCAACUUAGCAACACUGAUGAGCUAACCGGGGAAUGGAAUGGGUGCUGUAAGCAGCUCUCUCUGAGCCGGUCUCCCUCCUGCUUCUUAGAAAGCGGGUGUGGUGGGGUGGGGAUAAUACUUUGCACCCUGAGAGUAGGAGACCCAGAUGGGGCUGCCAGUGGAGAGAGUUUGAAUAAAACCCUAAGGUGCACUUCUUUGACAGUGGGAAGAUUGUCCUCCAAAGACAGGUUAAGGGCCGAGUGGUGGAAAUUCAGAGCUGUGUAGCGAAAGGAGGCUGACAGGAAAACCGGUCGUGGUGAUCAUGGGCUGACCCCUUUCUCUCUGCAGAGUGUUCACUAGCUUUGCAGAGCUGGGCUUUGAAAACAGUAGUCUACAGCGCCACACUCUGGCACAAACAAAGCCCUGUGAUGGUGGGAUAAUUGCACCGAAGGUGGGGGGGGCGGCAUUUAAAAAAAAUUAUGACAAGGCUGCUGAAUGGGAAUUGGGGGAAACUUAGGGCUGAAAUUGUGGGGGAUGGAGUCUGUGUUUUCUAGGAGAGUUGAUUUUGUAGUAGCAAGGGUGAACUGUCUCCUUUGCUAAGACCUUUGCUAAGCAAGGUCUGUUCUGAUUUGCAUGUGGAUGGAAGACUACACAUGAACACUGUUAGAUAUUCCACUUAGAGGGUGGGGCCAUAGUUGAGUGGAGGCUCUAGAUCUCAGGUUCCCUCCCUGGCAGCAUCUCCGGGUAGGGCUGGGAGAGACUCCUGCCUGAAACCUUCUAGGGCUGCUGCCAGUCAUAAGUGCUUUACCUUAAUUCUAUGGGGAGUAGAGCAGGCUGCAUUUCCUCGGUGCCAAAGAAAGACACUCUGUAUAUUCUCAGAUACACUUUUACCAUAUUCCCUG